CUGGUUUCUAAGAUUGUAUAUCCAUUACGUUCCAGUAGAAAGAUGUUGUCUAAACAACAUUAGAAAUAUCAGAUGUCUGCUGGAUAAUAUUGGAAUAACUAGGCGUUUUGAGAUCUUCUCUUUGUUGGGAAUUUAUUUUAAUAUUUGCGCUUUGACAUUUACUACAUCUUGCACCAAUAUAACUUAAAAAAUAUGUAUAUGUGUGCGCUUAUAAAUACAACCAUAUUAAACUGUUUUCGCAUAUUCAUUUCAACAGCUUGGAAUAGUUAAUUAUAUAUCAGCACGUCGUUUAUCAUUGGAAUACUUGUUUCAUGGUAACAAGAAGCAAAAAUAUUUUUUUUGGCGAUUUUAACAGUUAACGUAAAAAAGUGGAAUAAUUUAUAGUGAUUUAAAUAUAGCAAGUAAAUACUUUACCUCAAUUAGUUCCUUUUCACGAAAUAUUUGCUCAGUGGAAAUGUUAUAUCUAAAAUAAAAUUACCAUGGAUACCAUGUUCUGCGUCUUGAAGACAUAACACUCGAAAAAAGUACGUGAAGCCGCUGUGUUUCAGUUAAAGAAGUUUCUGAUUUAUUAGUAAAAGAAACAAAACUUUCACAAUACGAGCAGUAUGAGGUCUAGAUUGGAAUGCAUCUGAAUAAACAUUAAGAAAAAAUGUAGACAUUGAAAUAGUUUGGGGGUUUUUUUAAUGAAAGCGUUUCGAUGUUUUAUAUUCAGCUAAAGGAUAGAGUAAAGAUAUAUGCGUGAUGUAAUUUUUGAAAGUAAAUGUAUUUGCAAUUCAGAGAAAAUGAUCAAAACAUCAAACAGUGCUGUAUUAACUGCAUUGCUAUAGGACGCGACGGAUUUUAGAAGAACUGGAUAACUAUACAGUUAUAUCUCGUUCUCCUAAGGAUGGAAUUAAGAGGUAAAGUGGCGUUGGUAACUGGUGGAACCUCAGGAAUGGGAAGCGGAUUUGCAGAAGCCCUCCUGACAGAAGGAGCAAAGGUGAGUAUCGUAGAUUACAACGAGGAGGCUGGGCGCUCAACUGAGAAGGAUCUUGCGGAAAAAUACGGCAGCAGUAACGUCAUCUUCUGUUCGUGCAAUGUUACCUCACAGGAGCAGUUUGAAGAAGCAUUCCGACGUACGCGGGAGGUGCUUGGUGGCCCGGAUAUUGUGGUUAACAAUGCUGGUGUCGGUGGGGAAACGGACGAUAAGUGGGAAGCAGUUAUCGACAUCAACCUGAAGGGGACGUUACGGGGCACACGACUUGCACUGAGAUAUAUGAGUGAGGCGGGAGCUGGCAGCGGCGGUGUCAUCAUCAACAUGGCCAGUAUGGCGGGGGUAAAUCCAAAUCCGUUUUCCCCCGUUUACGGGGCAUCGAAAGCUGGUAUUAUUCAUGCGACAAGAUCUCUAGCAAUAUCACCUGAUGUUCAAAAGUCCGGUAUCCGUCUAAAUGUAUUGUGUCCCGCAUUCGUGGACACGCCGAUGUUCAGGAAUAUGGCUUCCGGUGACGCCUCGCAGACUUCCGGUUCAAACCAGGCGGCGGUGAAGGCAUUUGUAGACCAUAUCGGUGUUAUGAGCGUGGAAGAGGUUGCAGCUGCUUUUCUUGAUUUAGUCAAAGACGAAACAAAAAACGGAAUCAUUUUGCGGUGUGCUAAGAAAACUGGAAUCCAAUAUAGUACUCUAGCUGUACAGGAUGUAUAAUCGAUACGGACGCCAGGAAUCGUGCCAAAUCUGAGAGAAAAUUUAAAUUGUUUCCCUAUAAUGUAUCAAAGUCCAUUUAGCGGUAACUCUCCUUUUGAUACAUCUUCACGUAUCGUCAAGGUAGCUUACUCCGUAGGCCAAUGCAGUAGUUAGUGACUAGUGAAAAACAAAAGAAAUGAUAUCUAACGAUCUACAAUGAGUGAAUUGCUCUUGGUAGCAGGCCUUUCGAUAUUACCCAAAUAAGAUUGGCAUUUGGGGCGACAAUCAGUUCAUGCCUAAAAUGGUGGUAUUGUUCUCAGGUGUCUAUAAAUUACCUAAUUGCCUCAGUUUAAACCAUCUAGGCUUUCUGUAACAGUAUCAUUGUUCAAGUGUGAAUAGAUGAAGCGAGCAGAUCGGACAGUAUUCAUUGUGUUUUAUCACCUUUCUGUGGGACCAAUUUAUGUAUUAAAAUGGUCGAAUAUCAUGUCAAAAUUACUAAGACAGCAUUACAAAAAUAACAUUCAUAUAUCUGUUUGUGAACUGAAAAUUAAAAACAUAUUCAUUUCAGCUUUUGAUUGUUGACAUUACUAGUGCAGUUUUUAUUGUUUUGUUUUAUAAGCAUGCUUUAUUAUUUAACCUAUCUAUCAAUACUUCGCCGUCCUUGCAGACCAAAGAGACUUUCAGUGCUUUGAUAUAUAUAUAUAACAUUUAGUUACAGCCAUUGUCCGCGCAAAGUAUGUUCUGUGCAAUGGGAUUCAAAGGGACUAUAAUGUAUACAUUUAACAAUUGUAUUAUGCAAAACAAAUAUAUCUUCUUAAACAGCGAUACAUUUCUAGAUUUAGCUGUACUUUGGCGUCUUAAACUUAAAAGUUUGUAUGCUACCUGUUCACAAAGUACCGGCUUCUUGAUGAGAUAUGUGCAUGUUUUAAAUCUUAAUAACGCAAUUUAUCUUAUUCCGUAUGACGGCUUUGUAAUCAAACUUCCAUGACAUUUUUUUUAAUGCAAAUAAGGACUUGAAUCGCAUAAUCAUGAUGAAGACCUCUUACUGAACGUCAAGUCAAUGCUGUUGUUGUUUUGCUUACUGAGUAUUCAGCGUUAUACCGAACAUUGAGAUUAUAUAGGAUGAUUUGGCCAACCUACAAACUACUUCUUCAACAACUUAUACAUACAAAUGUUAAUCAUGUGUUUACUAAACACUUUUAAAGAACAAGUUUCCUUUUUAUGUGCUUGUAUGUUUUUUUCAUUAUAUGCCUUCGAACAUCAAUCGUCAACUUUCUCUUAGUUAAGAAAUGUUUGCCAGCUGUAUAUGGAUUUAUAAGCGCCCAAUCACAUUGAGAGAACUCAGGUAUCUAAUUGAUAAACAAAAACUGAGGAAAAUUUCUGAAUCAAUUAGAACCUUUCUGGUCACAUUAUGUGCUCAAAUCAAUUGUAAUUUAACUAUAUGAUAUUUUAAUUAUAGUGUAAAUGUAUUGGGUUGUUUCUGCAUGUUUGUAUUGAGGUAAUGUUUACUUAGUUGAUAAUUACCUGCAUUUUCUAACUUGUAUGCCUUUCAAAUAGCAUAAAGACACACAACGAACAUGUUCAAACAUAAUUUAUUCUAUAAGUUUUAUUAAUUAUGGAAAGGUUUUGGUUCUUGCAUCGAAUUAAUUUAUUGUUAAUGGCGAAACGAAUCAAUUAAACAUAUCUCAAUACACCAUUUUCUUUUUUAUAGUUUAAGAAAAUACAUGUUGUACCAAAUGUGAUUAACAAUCAUUAAAAAAUGUAAAAUUGACCCAGCUUUGAUCUUAAAAAAUGUCAAUGUAAUCUAGGGUCUGUUAUGUAUGAUAUCACUUUCUUCUUGAAAAAGAACAAAUAACUUCGAGGCAUUCACGGAGUGAAUCUUUUAAGAUAUAAAAUAAACUAAAACAUAAAUAAUCAUAGUUGAGCAAAGACCACGGACAUUGAAUAUAGUGUAUGAUAAAUAUAUACUGUGACCACGAUUUGAGUUACAUUUUCUUCCGUGGGGCUAUUGUUCAAAUUUAAACAUGUCUCAAGGUGACUGGGAGUUGCAGUAACUUCGUGUCAAUUUUAGCAUUUAUAAACACGCAACUUUGUGAUUAGCCAUAAGGCAGUGUGAAGCCAAAAUGAAACUAAUGAGCGCUGGCAUUUUCUGAUAGAACUUUGAGUAAAAUGGCGAAGUUUAACAUGUUAUAUACAUAUAUUAUAACAGAGUUUUUUUAAGGACCCUCGUAUGCCACUAAAUAGUUUUUAUUUCUGAAAGUAAAAUAUACAUUAUAUGCUUACGUUCAUCAUACACUAUGAACACAUUGAGUAUUGAUUUUGCAGAAAGAUAUAUAGUAUAUAGAUAUUACCCUCCGUGAUUAUGAUAAUUAUGAACUAUCGCUUGCCAUGAUGAUACCAUGCGCUGUCGCAUUCCGCAAUGGUGACAAUAUGCACUGUCGACUUCCUUGAUGUUGACAACAUGGACGAUUGCCUUCCGUGAUGGUAACGAUAUGUACUGUCGCCUUAUAAUAUACAGAUGGUGAAUUUAUUCAUUGUCGCUCUCCGUGAUGGUGAUAAUGUGCACUGAAUAUGAACUGAAAUUGUUGAUGAUAGGAGCUGUCGCCUUUCGUAAUUGAGAUCAUAUGCACUAUAUAUGAAAAAUAAACACUCGUAAAACUUCCUUAAGGUAGCAAGAAUUGUUACGGGUCUUAGCCAGCACUGUGUCAAUUCUAAACUUGAUUCAAGAUAUAAAUAGGAUGUCGUUAUUGAA